AUGGUACCUGAAUCAAUGGCUCAUAGGGGCUGGUUGGAGCAAGCCAGAAUCAAUUUUGGUGAGCUUUUCCAAUCUAUUGGCAAUUUAGUAAAAACCCCUAACAAACCAAUUAUGGAUAAAGUAGCCGACAUGGAUCCACAUUUAAUUGAGGAUAUAUGCUCCAUUUCAUGUCCCAACGCUCUCACUAGGCCUGUUAAAGAGUUGGAAUGGAUUACUCUGUAUGAGGUUAUAGAGUAUAAAGUCAAGAAUAAGGAUCCUAUAAUUUUGAUGAUUAUACUCAUUACUGUCCCGUUCCUGAUAUAUAAGAUAAUGAAGAGUGCCGCGUACUUGUUAUCUGCUAAAAAUACCAAAGACUUUGAUACUACGAAUAUCGAACUGAACACAGAAGUAACGGGCGAUGAAGUGAGUACCAAGCCAUCGCAUCAUUUCCCUGCAGAGCAACGAGCUUUACUACAAUUCCAACGAAACAAAUCAGAACCAAUAGUAUUCAGAUAUGGGUUCAAUUUCGAAGACAAUAGCAGUGAUAUGGAGUUACCUGAUCAAAGUACCGAAGAAGUGAUACGAGGUAGUUUGAACGGAACACGCACUCCAAGCCCAAUGCCAUCACCUCCGUUGCCUUCAAAUACUUUCAAAGAUGAUGAUCUUCGAAACAUGCAUUCAAAUAUCCUUAAAUUAACAGAAACGCCACAGAAGUUCAAGGACACAUCAAUUGUAGAGUCCACUGCAAGCAAAUUGCCAGGUGGUAUGCUAAUACCGUUGAGUAUUUCACCAUCAAAACCUACAAUAAACACCACACAAGUUUCCAGCGAACAGGCCAACGCAGAGCCGUUCAAAUUCUAA